CUUACUCAAUAUAUGAACAUGGCGUUAGCAGAUAUCUGUAAACUUAACUUUAGUUCCAAGUCAUCUCUCACGACAUUACCAUCCAAUGAAGAAGUGUUCAAUGCUGAAGCUCAAGAUUGCUUUUCUAUCCCAACUGCUCCCCAGGCAGCAUCUUAUCUGUCACAUUUAAGCAAACCAGAUUCUGAUGUUCAUAUUAAAUUCAACCAUGGAACGACCACUCUUGCUUUUAAGUUUCAACAUGGAGUUGUAGUUGCUACGGAUUCAAGAGCUACUGCUGGAGAUUAUAUUGCAUCUCAAACUGUGAAGAAAGUGAUUGAAAUUAACCCGUAUCUCCUCGGAACCAUGGCUGGUGGUGCUGCUGAUUGCUCAUUCUGGGAGCGAGUACUUGCAAAGCAAUGUAGGGUGUAUGAACUCCGGAAUAAGGAAAGAAUAUCAGUUGCUGCUGCGUCCAAAGUCUUGGCUAACAUGGUGUAUAAUUACAAAGGAAUGGGAUUGUCAAUGGGUACCAUGAUCUGUGGUUGGGACAAACGGGGGCCAGGGUUAUAUUAUGUUGAUAGUGAUGGUCAGCGGUUGAAUGGUUCAAUGUUCGCUGUUGGAUCUGGUGCAACAUACGCUUAUGGUGUCAUGGAUGCUGGUUAUUCUAAUGAUAUGUGUGUGGAAGAUGCACUGGCACUUGGAAAGCGGGCAAUUUAUCACGCAACGCAUAGAGAUGCUUACAGUGGUGGAUUCGUCAACCUUUACCAUAUGAAGGAAUCAGGUUGGGAACAUAUCUCAUGGACAGACGUGAAGGAUCUACACUACGCAUAUAAGAAUGAAAAGAAAUAAACUCAAAACUAAGAUUAUACAUAAGAAGUUCAUUUAGAUAGAUUGUGAAUCCGUACACGUCCCUGAUCUAUCUUCGUAUGUGUUUCAUUAAAAGUCCGUUUGCUUUCGGCGCUAUGAGUUUAAGUUUACGGAUGUAUCGUAAUAUAGACACAGAAUACAACGUGGUUAUUUGAAUGCGGUUGUUUAUAUUUCAAUUUGUACAAUGCAACAAAACAAGUAAUACAAUUUUCAAAGC